AGCAGCAACACUAUAAUUGUCAAGUUCUAUAUUUUGUGUACCAAGUGGUCCUCCCACUUAAACUUUAACACUAGAAAGAAAAUGCUUAUUUUACUACCUACCCCUACCGUAGGUAUAUUACUUACUUGGCCCUUGAAAAACACAACAAAGUCUUGAUUUCUUACGAAUAUCACGUCAAUUGCAACAGCUCGUGCCUAUACACAUUACUGUUUUGCUUCUGCAAUUGUAAGGAAGAAAGGAAACACUACCUACACUGCAUUGUUGAAAGUGACUCUCAGGUUUAUUUCGUAAAAAAUGGAUAACGAACUUGUAGAUAUAUCGACAAGUUUAAAACUACAGUUUGGAUAUGGAGUUGGCCACAUUCUAAAUGAUGUUUGUGCUAGUUUAUGGUUUACGUAUUUAUUAGUCUUUUUUCAUUUAGUACUAGAAUUUAGUUCAAGUCAAUCUGGUAAUUUAAUGCUAAUAGGACAAGUAGUUGAUGCGAUUGCUACUCCAUUUGUUGGAUAUCAUUCAGACCAUACUAACAACAUAUUUAGUGUCAAGUAUGGACGGAGGAAACUUUGGCAUCUCUUUGGCACAGCAUGUACAUUAGCAUCAUUUCCAUUCAUCUUUUCUUCUUGCAUUGGUUGUUCAAUGACACAUAAAUGGGCCCAAAUGUUUUACUUUGCAUCAUUUAUAAUAAUAUUUCAAAUUGGAUGGGCAGCAGUGCAAAUCUCGCACUUGAGCUUAAUCCCAGAGCUUACAGACGAUGAUCAUACUAGAACACAUCUUACAGCUGUAAGGUAUGGGUUUACAGUUUUCUCCAAUUUGUUUGUUUAUGUUACCACAUGGGUAGUUUUACACAUUACUGGAGAAUGUGAUAAACAACAAGUGGGCCCAGCUGAUGCUUGGAAAUUUCGCCAUAUAGUUUACAUAGUACUAAGUUUAGGUAUUUUAGCAACAAUAAUAUUUCACUUGACUGUAAGAGAGAGAUCUACUAAUAGGAGACCAGAGCAGCUGAUCAAUUAUGAUAACAAUUCUGAGUCACGGGGCAAUGGAACCCAUUGCGAAUUUCUUCGGAAACCACAUCUUUAUCAGAUAGCUGGCAUAUACAUGAGCACGCGAUUAGUUGUGAAUGUGUCUCAGGUUUUGAUUCCAUUGUAUCUCCACCGUACGCUGGGCUUGGCGGCUCGUGCGUUGGCCAUAGUGCCUCUCGCAAUGUACCUCGGCAGUCUGGGGGCGGCUGGCGUGCAGCGACUGGCCCCAAGGUCCUGCAGUCGAAAACUUAACUACUUAUGUGGAUGUGCAUGUGCACUUGCUGGUUUUGUGUGGAUUCAUAUGCCCUCAGAUGAUAUUUAUAAAACCUAUUUCAUAUAUUUAGUUGCGGUACUUAUAGGUUUCGGUGGAGCCGUGAUGUUGGUAACAAGUCUAUCGCUCACCGCUGACCUGGUCGGCUCAAGAACAGAGGCUUCCGCUUUCGUAUACGGUCUCAUGAGCUUUACUGACAAACUCGCAUGCGGUGUCGCAAUAGCCCUCAUACAAGUUUAUGCAGAUGGUUCCGGAGUGACAUACUAUCGCGACGUAUUAUCAUGGGUGUGUGGAGGCAGUGCCAUCUCUGGUCUGGUUCUUACUCUCCUGUUACCUAAAUUGGACUCUGGCAGUUCCAGUUUAAUAGAACACUCUUCCAUCAAUUCCCAAGACAGGUCCACUUCAACCCCUGCAGAUGUACUAUAAUGCUCAAAAAGUGACAAAGUCAAAUUUAUCUAGGUAAAUUAAGUUGUGAGAUUUUGAAUCUGCAGACUAUUCAGUGAUAUUAUUAUAUUACAUAUAUAUUAUUUUGUAGUUAUAUAAAUAUUUAAUAAAUGACUAUGAUUUAUGAAA